UUCUCGCCAANAUAUGCGCAACAAUUUUCCGAAAAUAUUGGAAUUUUACUAUACGUUAGACGAUAAAUUUGGAAAUACAAACAUUCGUUUGAUAGAUUCUGAUUACUGGAAGAGGACAAGUUCUUAGAUGUAUGGCCGAUAAAAUUAUAAAAUCUGCAUUUUGGCUCUUUGUGUGCAGUUUUAGUGGCUAUGCACUUCUGAAAAUAACAACACAGAAGGAAACACCAGCGAAUUUAAGAGGUGUGGAUCCACCUUUAGAAAGAAGAAAUCAGUCACAGCAGUUUAUGGAUGUUUUAUCUUCAGCUUCAAAGUCAAACACCCCAUUUUAUAGAGCAACUAAAGAGGAAAUUGAAAAAUCUGUAAGAAAGUAGGGAAAUAAUUACCAUGGAAGUGCUGGAAGGACGGUGUGACAAAAUUUGCGAUUUAUUAAAACGUGAAACGGAACGUCAACUAGAACUUAAAAAAAAACAAGAUGAUAAAAAUUUAUCAGCUGCAGAAAAUGAAAAGAUAGAAUACUUUGAUAAUGAAUUUAAUAAAAAGCGUGCAGGUAUUGAGAACGAUCUUAAUGGCUUAAAUAAUCUAGAAACAAAAGAAUUACCUGAACAAUUUGAUAGUAUUUCAAAAAAAAUUUUGCAACUUCAAAAGUUUGUAGCUUCUUCUAAUAUAUUUCUGAGGGUAUAUGAUAUCAAAAGAUACCAAGAAAUUUUAAACGAAUUGAACAGCAAAUGUAAUAGAUUGGAAGAACAAUUAUUGCCCAAAAAGAAAUUCUCAUUCAAAAAUCGCAAUAAGAACACUGUAAAACUACCAGUGCCUAGUGAUCAAAAGAACGUUGUAGAUGAAGUUGAUUCUAGUUCAUUAUCAAAAUGUUAUAUUCCUGUUAAAAACUGUGGUUUUGAAAAUAUUUCAAACCAAAAUCUUAAGAUGGACAGAGAAACAGUUUCCAAAAAUGAUGUUAGAUUACAAAAUUUAUCAAAAUGUACUAUUAAAAUAUUUGGAAAUCCUUCAACACUUCAUAUGAGCAAAAUGGUGGAAUGCAUAGUGUUAUCAGGCCCUGUAUCAACUUCUAUAUUUGCUAAUAAUUGUAGAAACUGUACUUUUGUAGUAGCUUGUCAACAACUUCGUUUGCACAGUUCUCAAAGUGUUCAAAUAUAUUUACAUGUUACAAGCAGAGCAAUCAUAGAAGACUGCAAAGAUAUCAGUUUUGCCCCAUACAACUUAAAAUACAACAAUAUUGAACAGGACUUUGAAGAUUCAGGUCUUAAUAAAGAAAAAAAUAAUUGGACUGCAAUUGAUGAUUUUAACUGGUUAAAUGUAGACAAACCAUCACCAAACUGGAGAGUUUUAGAUGAGAAACACAUGCAAAAGAACUGGUCUACACAAUAAUAAAGUAGUAUUUGUACCCAGCUUGUUUAAUACAUUUUUAGUGUGAUUUAAUCAGUCUUCUUAGUAUUGUAAAUAUUUAGUAAAAAAUGUAAUAAACAUGUCAGUUAUUU